GGUUGGUCCUUCUUGGUUGGUCCUUGGCAUUGAUGAGAGACCAAAAAGUCAAGACUUGACCACAACGAGGGUUGCAACGAGAGAAGAAGUUCUUGGUUGGUCCUUGGUUGGUUGGUUCUUGGUUGGUCCUUCUUGGUUGGUCCUUGGCAUUGAUGAGAGACCAAAAAGUCAAGACUUGACCACAACGAGGGUUGCAACGAGAGAAGAAGAGUUCUUGGUUGGUCCUUCUUGGUUGGUCCUUGGCAUUGAUGAGAGACCAAAAAGUCAAGACUUGACCACAACGAGGGUUGCAACGAGAGAAGAAGAGUUCUUGGUUGGUCCUUCUUGGUUGGUCCUUGGUUGGUCCUUCUUGGUUGGUCCUUGGCAUUGAUGAGAGACCAAAAAGUCAAGACUUGACCACAACGAGGGUUGCAACGAGAGAAGAAGAGUUCUUGGUUGGUCCUUCUUGGUUGGUCCUUGGUUGGUCCUUCUUGGUUGGUCCUUGGCAUUGAUGAGAGACCAAAAAGUCAAGACUUGACCACAACGAGGGUUGCAACGAGAGAAGAAGAGUUCUUGCUUGGUCCUUGGUUGGUUGGUCCUUGGUUGGUCCUUCUUGGUUGGUCCUUGGCAUUGAUGAGAGACCAAAAAGUCAAGACUUGACCACAACGAGGGUUGCGAAGAGGGAAGAAGAAGAAGAAGCAGACUCUCAUGGAGGUGCUGCCUGGACGGGACCUCAUCUACUCAGAAAAUAGUGAAGAGGUCAAGUUCAUCCUGCAAAGGAUCCCAUUGAAAUCCAAGACGGACAAGUCCUAGCUCCGGACGUCCGAACAUCUUCCUCGGGGAAGCUGAGAGCUGGUGCAUGCUGGAAGGAGAGGCCGGCGGCUGGAGAGGAGACCAAGGCGUGAGAUGCUCGGUCCCGGCAAUCGGACCAAUGGGACCCCCGUGCUCCCCAAAAGGUGCUAGCGGCACCGAGGGCUGGCCCAGUCGGUUGCACCCGCUCCCUUGCACCCCGAAGGAGAUGGAUGCCUUCUGCUUCCCUUGCUUCCCGAAAGAGGAGCUCCAGCCGUUGCAACUGAACAGCGUGACAAUGAGUGCCGGCUCCAUUGAGCAGGAGCCUUCCCGCAAGCUGGCGUGUUGCGGAGUGCCGCUCAUCACGGAAGACAUGCAGUCGCUGGCCAUCCGCACGCUCUCGGGCACCGACAUCAACAAGCAUUACGACCUCAUCCGCGAGCUGGGGAAAGGGACCUAUGGCAAGGUGGACCUCGUCUCCCACAAGAGCACAGGUACCAAGAUGGCCCUGAAGUUUGUCAACAAGAAUAAGACCAAACUGAAGAACUUCCUGAGAGAGUUCAGCAUUACCAAUACACUGUCCUCAAGUCCCUUCAUCAUCAAGGUCUUUGAUGUGGUCUUUGAGACAGAAGACUGCUAUGUCUUUGCCCAGGAAUAUGCGCCUGGCGGAGACCUCUUUGACAUCAUCCCUCCACAGGUGGGACUUCCGGAGGACAUGGUGAAGCGCUGUGUGCAGCAGCUGGGCCUGGCACUCGAUUACAUGCACAGCAAAAACCUUGUGCACCGGGACAUCAAGCCGGAAAACGUGCUCCUCUUCGACCGCGACUGUCGGCGGGUCAAGCUGGCCGAUUUCGGCAUGACGCGCAAAGUGGGCUGCCGCGUGAAGCGCAUCAGCGGGACCAUCCCGUACACAGCCCCCGAGGUGUGCCAGGCCGGGCGGGCCGAAGGCUUCACCGUGGACACGAGCAUCGACGUGUGGGCCUUUGGCGUGCUCAUCUUCUGCGUGCUGACGGGCAACUUCCCCUGGGAGGCGGCCUCGGCCUCGGACACCUUCUUCGAGGAGUUUGUGCGGUGGCAGAAGGGACGGCUGGCCGGGCUGCCCUCCCAGUGGCGCCGCUUCACGGACAACGCGCUGCGCAUGUUCCAGCGGCUGCUGGCCCUCGACCCCGAGAAGCGCUGCCCCGUGAAGGAGGUCUUCUUCUUCAUCAAGUACGACCUGAUGUCGGAGGUCCGCCGCCGGCCCUCCUACCGCUCCCGCAAGCACACCGGGGACAAGCUCUCCGCGGGGCCCCACCGCCACGAGACGCCCAGCGCCUGCACCCCGACCCCGCUCAAGAGGACCAUCCUCACGGAGGGCAGCAUGUCCCGGCUGUCCGGCUCAGACCCCGGCCUGCCUUCCCCGGGGAGCGGGGGCAGGACUGACGGGCGGCCGGACAAGAGCAAAGGCCAAAUGGUGCUGGCCACGGCCAUCGAGAUCUGCGUCUGACUGGCGAGGGCCACGCGGCCUCCUCAGUGCCUCCCAACCUGCGGCCGAGACGUCGGCAAUGCCGCAGGGCCCUCUCCUGCCCUGGACUGCGUGCAGAAGAAUCGUUUUCUAUAAAACAUCCCCAAAGGGACCGGAAUCUGUAUCUUUUGAAGCAAAAAAAUGAAAGAAAAAAAAUGUGGUGGGGAGGGGGGAGAAACAACAGGGAGAGGAAAAGAUGAUUCUCAAUUAACUCAAUUAUCCUCAAGGUUAUCUGUGGGCAUAGCUAUGUGCUCACACAAAGACUGCGAGCCAAGAACUGAAGGAAGGGACCAGCGGCGGUUGGAUGUUGCUGGAGAGGAACGAGAAAGAGAGAGAAUGAGAGAGGGGGGACAUAGUGCAGUUGCGCGGGGAACGACGAACUCAUUUAGUUAUGGAAAGGACGGCUUCUCCAGCUGGCAUCUGCCCUUGGUGUCCGUCAUCAGGACUAGGGUUGAGGUUAUUUAGAGGGAAUAGGACCCUAGCUGGGAAAUGACAUAGGUAUAGUGUGGGGUAGGUGACGGGUGGUGGGCAGAAAUGGGGCAGAGCAGCCCUUUGGACCCGGAAAGUGGCUUCUUCAUAAUAUUGGUGCUGUCCGACGGGAGGGAGAGAAAAGGUGCUGAGCAAGGGGCCAUUGAGAGCCACGCAGCUCUCCCCAGAAGGGCAAGAAGCAGCGUCCGGUGGAGCCGCGUUGUUCAGUCUCAACCCGCUUUCGUCCCCACGCCGUGCUUAUUGGGUUAGAGGGCGGAAGCGUGGCAAUACCCUGCAGAGCCAGAUCUAGAGAUGAUGACUUCGGAGUGGAGGAGACCUCUUAGCAUUUGUCUCCCCCACUUGCUCCUUGUCAUGAUUUUGAAUGGGAAAGAUAGCCUGGUCCACAGGAUUUAGCUCCAAGUCGCAUGCAAGUGUUACCAGUCCGCUUCGGAGUGAGAGCAAAGCGCAGAAUCGGGAUGCUUCGGGGACUCCGCCGUUAUCAUAGGGCUGCCAGGGAAGCAAUUGGUGCCGCCGAUGUAGCAAAUGUUUCCUGUGUCGUGUGAGUGUGUGUAUGUGUUUAUCUGUAUGUGUGUGAGAAAGCGAGCGCCUUUAUAUGUGUGUGUACGGGCGUUUGUGUCGACAUGGCUGUCAAGUCAACCACUCUUUACUGUGUGGCCAUCACCCCUCAGGAAAAGAGACACAGUCUUUUCUCUUAGGGCCUAAAAAUAAGGCUGGGUGCUCAAGCCUAAUAACGGUGGGGGCAAAAAAAAGGAAGCCAUUGUGUAUGGAAGGGGAUACUCAACCGUGGUCAACAUUAUGCGAUGGUAUGUCUUGGCGGGGGGCAAUCCUGAGUUGGAGAAAAGGUUUCAGUCCAUUUCCCAUUGUGAGUUCACUCACAAAGAAUGGAUAGUCCUGCUGAAUACCAGGUUCAGUACAGAGGGACAUGGCAAGAGUACCUUAUAGGAUAGAACUCAAAGGGGUGCAGAGAAAACAGGUGGUCUAAACCAGUAGUUCCCAACCUGUGGUCCGUGGACCACCAGUAGUCCACAAAAACUAAUAUAUGGUCCGCGGUCUCACCGUUACUACUAUGGAUAAUAACCCAACCAAAAACAUUGUUUUCUUGGUGUCUUCGUUUUGAGGCCUAUUCCUGGGGUUAUUUGUAGUGCUGAUUCAGAAAAUUUCAUUGGAUAGACCACAUCAGCUCUAGAUUGUUAAAUAUGGUUUUCUGUGGGUGAACAAAUGGUGACUACUAGACAUGGCCAAAAAAUCAUUUUGAAUCGUAUAUCGGAAUUAUUUCGGAUUGUUCUCGCUUUUUGAUACGCAUUCCGAGACAUUGUCUCACAGCACAACCAGCAAUGUAAUUUGAACCAUUGUUGGCCCAUUCUCUAAUUGUCUCUUAAUGUUUCAUUAAUUUUUCCCCCAAAUUUUUUAAAAUAUAUUUUAAAAAAUAUUUUUAAAAAUAUUUUGUUUCUGCAACCUACCUAGAAUGGGAGCUUAGCGCAGCCUAACAUGGCUGCCGCUCCCCGGCCAAUCAGAAGCUUCCAUGAUGGACGCAAAGGUGAGGGCCAGGGUUGAUGAGGAUAGCUCAAGAAAUGAGAGCGGGAGAGUCCUGUAAAAGUCCCCCCCCCCCGGUUCCUUUUUUUUUUUGGCGAUUGCGCAUGCGCGUCUGCCAUUUUAGAAGCAUUUAGAAUCAUUACGAAUUUUCGGAAAUAUCCGAAACUUUUGGGUGAAAAAAUCGGAAAUACUUUCUAUAUCGAAGCGCCAGCGCCCCCUACUUUAGAAACGAGAAUUGAAACAUUUUUUUCAUCGAUCGGACAUGCCUAGUGACUACUGGAUGGCAUAAGUUCUGUAUCAAAAGCUAGAGCUGAUGUGGCCUAUCCAGUGCAAUCUAAAGUUCUAUCCAAUGCAAUCUAAAGAAUCUAAAGUUGACCAAAAACUGAUUCGUAACCCUUUUGGUAUUAAUGUUGGAGACUGGUCCAUGAUCCCUGGUCAAAAAAAGGUUGGGAACCACUGGUUUAAACCAAGAGGAUGGCUAUAUCACAGCAACUUUACUGUCAAAAAAUUAAGGAAGGGGCUUCCUUGGCCAACCAUGGUCUCCAAGAACUGGUAAUGAGAGAGCUAACAUACGGCUAGCACAGGCAUGGGCAAACGUCGUCCCUCGAGGUGUUUUGGACUUCAACUCCCACCAUUCCUAACAGCCCAAGGCCCUUUCAUUUUCUCCCUCAGCCGCUUAAGUGACAUGCAUCCAACAUCCACUGAGGUGUAAAGCAGACUGACUACAAAAUGGAGUUCUGAGUCUGAACAUGCUCAGCACAAUCAAAUGUCUAUAACCCCUUCCACACCACACACUUAAGCGGCUGAAGGGGGAAAAGGAAGGGGCCUGAGGCUGUUAGGGAUGGUGGGAGUUGAAGUCCAAAAUACCUGGAGGGCCCAAAUUGGCCCAUGCCUGUACUAGACUGACACCAACCACAACUAGAGCCUUCAGAAAGCGUCAUGGAGCAAUACCCGUUGCCUAAUGGAGACUUUCAAAUAAACCAAGGGCUCAUUUCAUACAAGUUUCUAAACCAGCUUCGGUUUUUGGUCUACCUGUGGCAAAAUAGCUGGGUUCCAUUGGAAUGUAGGAAGAAGAGUCUUGUUUCUUGUGCUUUCACCAACUGAAAGCACCUACAAACUACAGUGCCCAGGCCAGGACUUUCUAGGAUAUCCAGUGGUAGAAUAUCCUAGAAUGUCGUUGGUGGAUGGAUGUGAAUGGCACCAUCCAAACUGAUGGAGGAAAAAAUGGAAAGGAGAAAGGAAGGAAAACAGUAGACAAGUGAUUCCCAAAGUGGGCGCAACUGCCCCCUGGUGGGUGCUGCAGCAAUCCAGGGGGGCGGUGAUGUCAUCUAGUAGGACACGGGGGCGGGGAUAGAGGAGGGGCGGGGCCUCUUCCCAAGAGCGUGAGACAGGGCUGAGCCUCUAUACCUCUCCUGAGAGGCCUUUUAGGACUAAAGGGCGGGGCUAGGAGUGGGGGCGGGGCCUCUUCCCAAGAGCGUGAGACAGGGCUGAGCCUCUAUACCUCUCCUGAGAGGCCUUUUAGGACUAAAGGGCGGGGCAAGGAGUGGGGGCGGGGCCUCUUCCCAAGAGCGUGAGACAGGGCUGAGCCUCUAUACCUCUCCUGAGAGGCCUUUUAGGACUAAAGGGCGGGGCAAGGAGUGGGGGCGGGGCCUCUUUCCAAGAGCAUGAGACAGGGCUGAGCCUCUGUAUACCUCCCCUGAGGCACUUGUUAAACACGGGGGCGGAGCAUAGAGAUUCAGCCCUGUCAGGCACUUGGGAAGAGGCUCCGCCCCCUCCUCUAGCCCCACCCCCUGUGUCCAGGACAGGGAUAGAAGCUCAGCCCUACCUCAGAGCUCGUAACUCCGCCCAUCCCAGUCCUGGCUGCCCAUUUGUGGCCCCGCCCACCUCUCCCUCCCAGCCCUGCAUCUUGGAUUGUGGAGAGGCUCAGCCCCGCCCUCUUGAGCAGGAGUCACGCCCACCCCUCUAAGCCACGCCCCCUUUCCAGGGGGCACUGAGUCAUAUUUUUUCUGGAAAAGGGGUGGUAGGCCAAAUAAGUUUGAGAACCACUGCAUGGAGAAAAUAAUAAGCCAAUAGUUGUGUGUCCAAAGAUCUCUUGAGGUGAGUUAGGGGUGGCUGCCUUUUGACAGUUACUUAGCAAAUGACCCAAGUCUGGCAUUGAGGGAAGUGCGUAGUAGCUACACAACUCUCUCCUUUCACCAAGGGCUUAGACCAAUACUGACCUCCCUGUGCUGUUUGACCUUCUUCUUCGGAGAGUCCCUGGCCGUGGCCCCUUCAGAGCAUCCUAUCCGUGUGCCACAAAAGCCAAGUCGGUCCGAGUCUUGUCCCAAGAGGAACCGGAUAGAGAAACCCAACCCCGUCCUUCGUCUCCUCGCUUCUCCUCCUCCGGACCAGGCCUGCCUUGUGUGUGCCGGCCUCUCUGAGGAGGCUCCGUUCUUUCCACCCAAAAGGGCUAAAAUGCUAUUUCCGCAGUUUACAAAACAACAACACAAAGGGAGCUGCCCGUCCUUCAUUCCCUUUCCUGCUCUUCCCAUUCGAGGGGGGUGCUUUGUCUGCACUUCGGUGUAAAUGUAAAGGACAAGGGUAUGUUGUCGAUGAAAUUGGUGCCAACAGCGGCCCGCGGGCAGUUCCCAGGAGCGCCCUUGCCGAAUGCAAGAAGCCCAGUUAUCCAUCGAAGCUGGAUACACAACCGUGGCCAUCACCUUCUCGUCUUUCCCUCCUGACAAGGUUAGGAAGACAAAGCACAAUGGUGGUUCAAAACAUAAGUUGUACACAACUUAUGCAUCAUAUACAUAUUACAUUCACAAAAUCAAUGCUCAGUCCUAUGGUAUAUAACGCAAAAGUAUCUUACUCAAUAUUAUAAAUCAAAUAUGAUGAUGUGUUGUUGAAAUCUUUCAUGGCCGGGAUCACAGGGUUGUUGUAUGUCUUUCGGGCUGUGUGGCCAUGUUCCAGAAGUAAUCUCUCCUGACACCCACAUCUAUGGCAGGCAUUCUCAGAGGUUGUGAGGCAUGGAUAAACUAGGCAAGGAAAGGAAAAUAUAUAUAUCUGUGGAGAGUCCAGGGUGUGACAAGAGUCUUUUGUCAGUUGGAAGCUAGCAUUAAUGUUUCAGUUAAUCACCCUAAUUAGCAUUGGAAAGGUUUGUCUCUUGCCUGGGGGGCAUCAUUUAUUCAGUCAUUAGCCAUCCUUGGGGCUCCUCUGCCCUCAGAGUAUUGCUUCCCAUCUACUCUUUUGAUUUUAGAGUUUUUUAAUACUGGUAGCCAGAUUUUGUUCAUUUUCAUGGUUUCCUCCUUUCUGUUGAAGUUGUCCACAUGCUUGUGGAUUUCAAUGGCUUCUCUGUGUAGUCUGACAUGAUGAUACAAAUCUCUGCAGUCCUAGAAGGAUUUAAUUGACAGAAUCAAUGCUGAUGUAGAUCCUGAGUAGCUGGUUAUUGACUGGAGUACAUGGUAAUAUAGCCGUUUACAACUGGUUUUAUCCCAGUUUCGGUAAACCUUCUUCUGGUAAUCGGCAAAUGUUUUAUAAUUUCUUUAUUGAUGGCUCUGCUUCAGGUAUUAUGUUCACAGUAUCAGUAUGCUGUUGUGGAUUUUGUGGUGCGAUUCUAAACCUGUGGAGUCCUGAGGAAUCCUUCCAGAACUGCAGAGACUCUGAAUCGGUUUGCCUUUAAGCCAAUUAAAUCCUUCUAGGACUACAGAGACUUGUAUCAUCAUAUUUUGAUGUAUAAUAUUGAGUAAGAUACUUUUGCAUUAUAUUCCUAAGGUUUUUUUUUAAGUUUUUGUCAAAUAUGUUGUGUUGUUGUUUCGGGCUUGUCCCUGUUGUGAGCCGCCCCGAAUCCCUUCGGGGAGAUGGGGCGGGAUAUAAAAAUAAAGUUUAUUAUUAUUAUUAUUAUUAUUAUUAUUAUUAUUAUUAUUAUUUAUUUGUGAAUGUAAUAUGUAUAUGAUAUACAUAUUGUGUACAACCAGAGCCGGCCCUAGGUAAUUUUCAAGUGUAGGCGAACAGAAUUUUGGCACCCCCCAAAACCAAUCGCUGGAAAAUAAAAGCGUUGGAUAAGCAAAAAUGUUGGAUAAUAAGGAGGGAUUAAGGAAAAGCCUAUUAAACAUCAAAUUACAGUGGAGUCUCACUUAUCCAAGCUUCGCUUAUCCAAGCUUCGGGAUUAUUCAAGCCAUUUUUGCAGCUUAUGUUUUCGAUAUAUUGUGAUAUUUUGGUGCUAAAUUCGUAAUUACAAUAUUUAUGACAUAACAUUACUGCGUAUUGAACUACUUUUUCUGUCCAAUUUGUUGUAUAACAUGAUGUUUUGGUGCUGAAUUUGUAAAAUCAUAACCUAAUUUGAUGUUUAAUAGGCUUUUCCUUAAUCCCUCCUUAUUAUCCAAGAUAUUUGCUUAUCCAAGCUUCUGCCGGCCCGUUUAGCUUAGACUCUACUGUACAUUAAGAUUUUACAAAUUAAGCACCAAAACAUCAUGUUUUACAACAAAUCAACAGAUAAAGCAGUCUCGACUGCUCCCCCGUAUGUUUUGCGCCCGAAGCGACCGCUUAAUUUUUUCUAAGAUAUUCGCUUAUCCAAGCUUCUGCCAGCCCAUUUAGCUUGGAUAAGUGAGACUCUACUGUACAUUAGACUUGUCCGAUCGAUGGAAAAAGUGUUUCAAUUAUCGUUUCUAAAGUAGCGGGCGCUGACGCUUCGAUAUAGAAAGUAUUUCCGAUUUUUUCACCCAAAAAUUUCGGAUAUUUCCAAAAAUUUGUAAUGAUUCUAAAUGUUUCUAAAAUGGUGUACACACAUGCGCAAUCGCCAAAAAAAAAAAGGAACCCGAGGGCGGGGGGACUUUUACAGGCUCUCCCACCCUCAUUUCUUGAGCUAUCCUCAUCAAAUUUGCAAAUAAGCUACCAUUCAAGGUAGGUUGCAAAACAAAAUAAUUUUAAAAAUAUUUUUUAAAAUAUAUUUUAAAAAAUUUUGGGGGGAGGAAAAAUUAACGAAACAUUAAGAGACAAUUAGAGAAUGGGCUAACAAUGGUUCGAAUUACAUUGCUGGUUGUGCUGUGAGACAAUGUCUCGGAAUGCGUAUCAAAAAGCGAGAACAAUCUGAAAUAAUUCCGAUAUACGAUUCAAAAUGAUUUUUUGGACAUGUCUACUGUACAUUAAGAUUUUACAAAUUAAGCACCGAAACAUCAUGUUUUUACAACAAAUCAACAGAAAAAGCAGUCUCGACUAUGUUUUGCGCCCGAAGCGACCGCUUAAUUCGCCUCAUGGUUGGACCGGCUCUGUGUACAACUUAUGUUUUGAACCAUCAUUGUGGCUUUGUAAUAGCUCAUGACAUUGUUUAGAAUAGACAUCUGUGUUUAUCUAGUAGUAAGGUUAGGAAGACACCAAGAGAGAUGCCACCCAUCUUCCACCUUCCUGGGUCUGACCGGGUGGCUCGACCUCUCUCUCCUUUCCCCGCGACUACUCUUGUUAAUCCGUAUGUCUCGACACAACCGUUUCGGAGUCCUUUGGGAAGUGUUUCAUGUCCCUCUCUCUUGGCUUUGAGCCUCCACCUGGAACGAAUGGGUUGGAGGCCAGAGUCGGAGCCGACGCUCGCGUUCCUUUUAGAAAUAGUCAAUGCACAGACUUUAGAUAUUAGCCGCAACUUCUCCUUUUUGCCUUAGGUCCCGACUGUCCUUGAUCUUUUGUGCAAUAAUGUAGAUAAGGAUUAAGAACACCAUAUAGACCUUGUUUCGGUUCCGUUCUGAUUAAUUUUCAUUUCCGAUUUCGGGGGCGGGAGGAGGGGAACGUCGGGGAUGCUGGGGUGUAUGCGAUGGUAAGAGUUUUUCCCGUUCCCUUUGUCCCCAUCCGUGGCUGUUUUCCCCUUCGGCUGACCGUCCGGUUUUGGACCCUUCUCCCCCAUAGAAGAGAUUUUAUUUCUCUCGUGUUAAAUGUAUGUUACCUCAGUUUCUGUCACUGUUGAGAAGAAGGAAAGAAUUUUUUAUAAAAAAAAUUAAAAACCAUAAAAAUGGUAACAGAUAAUUCUGGGAAGAAAAAAAAAUGUUGUGUGGAAGAUAGCUGUCUUAUGGACGUUAAGUCUUUUUUAAAAAUAAUAAUAAUAAUAAAAAUGGUAAUUUGAUGUUGUAAGUACUGAGACAGUGAAGCUUUCCCAAAGCAGAAAUUUCUGGCAAGCGUCCUUCAGUUCUGGGAGAAAAAGGAACUUUCUCAAAGCGAAGACCGUUGACAGAUAUAGGUAACAUUAUAUAUAUCUGAUAUACUCACAUAUUACGGAAUGGGAUUCCCACUGCUUGCAGUCCCAAAAAGUAACAUUUCCAAAUAAGGCUGGAGACACAUGCGAAAAUCAAUCCCAAAAAACCCGGGUAGACUUAUCCAUGGGCCAAUGUAAGUAGCACUGUACCAGUGGUUCCCAAAGUGGGCGCUACCGCCCCCUGGUGGGUGCUGGAGUGAUCCAGGGGGGCGGUGAUGGCACCUAUUAGGACACAGGGGCGGGGCCAGAGGAGGGGCGGGGCCUCUUCCCAAGUGCCAGAGACAGGGCUGAGGAUCUAUACCUCUCCUGAGGCGCCUUUAGGACUAAAGGGCGGGGCUAGGGAAGGGGGCGGAGCCUCCUUCCAAGAGCCCGAGACAGGGCUGAGCCUCUAUAUCUCUCCUGAGAGGCCUUUAGGACUAAAGGGCGGGGCUAGGGGCAUGGCUUCUUCCCAAGAGCCCGAGACAGGGCUGAGAAUCUAUACCUCUCCUGAAGCGCUUGUUGGGACACAGAGGGUGGAGCUAGGGAAGGGGGAGUGGCCUUCUUCCAAGAGCCCGAGACAGGGCUGAGCCUCUAUAUCUCUCCUGAGAGGACUUUAGGACUAAAGGGUGGGGCUAGGGGUGGGGGCGGGGCCUCUUCCUAAGAGCACAAGACAGGACUGAGCCUCUGUAUACCUCCCCUGAGGCGCUUGUUAGAACACGGGGGCGGGGUAUAGAGGUUCAGCCCCGUCAGGCACUUGUGAAGAGGCCCCGCCCCCUUCUCUAGCCCCGCCCCCUGUGUCCAUCAAAACAUCCAGGCGUCCCCUGUGCAACGUCCUUGCAGAUGGCCAAUUCUCUCACUCCAGAAGCAACUCCAGUUGCUUCUGACACAAAAAAAAAACCAGGUGGCUCAAAGGAAGCACAAAUGGAAAGCUAUUUGUACUCUCUGAAACUCGUUAUUUUACACUUAAAGAGUUAAUUCAACUCUUUUAACUCAAUUACACUUAUUUUAACUCAAUUACACUUAAUUCAACAAAGGUUGAAUUAAGAAUUGGGAAAAGAGAGAGACCCAGUGGAAGUUUUCAAAACAAUUCCCAUGCAAAUCUGCUUGUGUUUAUAUUAAGAUAUUCGCUUGUGGGCAUAUGAGGUCCAGCGCAUUACAGAAUGCAUGUAUUUUAAAAGCCCUUCUGACAGAGGUUCUUGAUGUGCUUCAAAGGAAGAUGUGAGAAUAGCGAGGGAGCAUUUUUUGACAUAGUUAUAAAACAGGGAAUUUUGGCGCUGUCUGGAAGUGCGUGAAGUCUUACCGAUGGUUGCUCCUUUGUUUUCCUUAUCCAAACGAGCCUGCUGCCUUCGGAUGUGAUGGUAGAUUCUGUCUCAUUGCAAUCCCUGAAAUAAGGUUCAGCUGCCAUUCCAGCUGGCUUCGGUACAUGGAUCUGAGACAGUAGUUAAGCCAACAUGUCCGUUGCCUCGUGUCCGUUGCCUCGGAUAUUAGAGGUGACCAAUAUCAUCAGGGAUGGUUCUUUCUCCCAGUCCUUUUGCUUGGAAAUGGCCCCUUUGGGGAAGCUUCACUGCCGGUCACCAGUUGUGUUUGUUGACUUAGCCUUGUGGUUGGGUGUCUUAUGCGCCGUUCUUGUACUGUACUCCUGCGAGGAGGAGGAACGGGUGCCACGAAGCUGUGUGUCAAUGUGGGGACGAGACCCUCUCCCCGGCCCCAGAGGGGCAUCUUCUUCCAACCUUUUCCAGAGGAGAGAGGAAAGCAUCAAUGCGGGACCCAGAAACAAUCACCACCCCACAUGCGCCAACGCACGGAACAAAUUUGUAAAUAUUCUGGAAUUCUCUUGACUUGUGCAAAGGAGGUUUUUAAAUGUUAUUUAAUUUGUUCUAUAUUGCAGACAGUUGCUAUAAAAUAAUAAAAAAUGUGUUAAAUUUA